GGAGCGGGGAAGCGGCUCCGCCUCUUCCUGCGGCGGGCGGCCGCGAUGCCGCUGCAGCCCCUGGUCUGCUCCGACACGACCACACGGGUGAGCUCGGUGCUGAACCGGGACGUGAAGCAGUUCGGGAAGCAGCACAUGUUCGACGCCAGCGAGGAGACCUGCUGGAACUCCGACCAGGGCACGAGCCAGUGGGUCACCCUGGACUUCCCCCGCCCCGUCAAGGUCUCGCAGCUCCAGGUCCAGUUCCAGGGGGGAUUCUCCAGCCGGCUGUGCACGCUGGAAGGCUGCAGAGCAGGCGAAGAGCUGGUGAAAAUCUCCGAGCUGUACCCCCAGGACAGCCAUGCCAUGCAAAGGUUCCAGGUGGAGGAGACGGUGCUGGACAGGCUGAAGAUCACCUUUGAGAACAGCACAGACUUCUUUGGGAGGGUCGUGGUCUAUCACCUGGGGGUGCUGGGGGAGAGGCUGUAGGACACUGGGGGGGCUGCCCCCACCCCUGGGGGGCUCUGAAAACCUGGCCCCGAGGAACUCCCAUCCCUGGGGACGGCAGUGACAGAGGGACACUGCCAAGGGAUCCCCUUAGGAUCCCCCUGGGGGGGACUCGGGUGUGCAACCGGAUGAAUAAAGGGUGUCCCUGCUCCCU